UGUUCCUCAUCCACAAUCGCUCUGGUUGUCUCCGGUGUCUUCCAUGUACUGUCAUCCUCGUCUUAAUCCCUUGGCUAUUUCGAUGAGUGCACCUACCCAAUCUGUAUCAGCAUCAUAUCCGCCUCCGCGGUGGGCAUCACAACCUAGUGUGUUGAAUACUCCUAUUACAUAUUCGCCAUAGGAGGCGAUUCGCGUUUGUCAAAUCUCCAUAAGCACUAACGCGGAUACACAUGGCGUGCCCAUGUGCGACGCGAAUAAUGGCGCUUCCAUGUACUACAUCGAGGGGCUGGGCCUGAGGACAAAGUGAUUGAGUACCCAAGUACACGGAUGAGGAGACACAUGCACGCUGAGAGUCGCGGAUCAUGCCGAAGGAACGCUCAAGAACUGGCGAAUAUAAGAGACCAUCCCUGGAGCUGCUGCCGCGCAGUGUACUGCACUCGAGGUCUGGGGUUGAUUUCCAGGGCAUCGUACCAUCUCAGCGGGGGGAAGAAGACAUACGAAGAGGCGGCGACACCAUGCCCUUGGAUACAACAUCCUCCCUUCCGCCUUGAUGCGCCUAUAACUCUUCCCCGUCUCACCCUUCAAUGCGACGCGCAUGUCGUAGUCUUAGUCUACGUCGAGGAGAUGCCUGUUACGGGCGAGGGGAAAGCAAAUCUGACCUGGGUGGUUAAGACGAGACCUAUCAAGCAACUCGGGAAACGCCAACACCUAACCCUAGAGAUCGACUCACAACGCUCCGGGGUAGGCAAACUCACCUCCGUUGUCGAGUUGCGCCGCCAUUGGAUCCUGUUUACCGUGUCUGGCGGCCCCUUUCUGUGCAACCUCCGCGUCCCCGUACCGUGGGCGGCCCUCGACGACCUCGAGAGCUUCACCCACUCCAAACUGUACUUCACACUCCCCGUGCUGCCUCGUCCGCACGAGGAGUUCCGGCGAAACCCGCUGUUCACGAAUGACGAGGAGAAUCCGUACGCCUUCGAGCCGCCCGAGAGAGGAGCAUCGGAGUUGGAGCCUGCGGUGCGACUCGCUCGGAUUACGUGUCAAUGGAAACCCCCUUCGCUAGACAGGAGCGUUGACUCGGAAGGGGAGGUUCGGUCCAAAAGCCACUGAAGAAACCGGCUUGGCCUGUAUAUUCGGGUCAGAAAGGUCAUCUUGACGAGAUCUGAAGAACAGUCGUCUCAGCGGCAUGCCACCACGUCUCGCAGCCGAUAGGAAGUCGAAGGGGGCACGAGAGAG